AUGCAUCGUUUACAAGCCACCACUGUGUUCGAUGACCGGCUUGGCCACGGCGCAUCAUUUGGACUCAUCUACUUACUGAUGGCACCCUCUGGCCUUCUCUUUUUCGCGACAGCGGCUAUGCUAUUCCUGGUUCAAACGCCUGCCUACGCAAACCGCAAUGCCUUGGAGGAGGAGCUGGGGUUUGAAGAUCUGCCCGUAAGUGAGAAUUCGCUUGAUGAAGACUACUACAAUGCCCUUCCCUACCGCUUGGACCGCCGUGGCUUUCUACACAGUGGACGUCUGGGAAGACGGGGAUUUAUGCCAUCUCACCAGCCCUCAAAGAAGGGCUUUCUCACGGCUAGCCGACUAGGCUAA